ACGUAGUGCAGUGCAGGUUGAAAAAAUGAAAUGAAUCACAUAAUUAUUACUGUACUAGUAUUAAAUAUUCUAAAUUAUUCAUUCGAAUCACUUCGUCUUUGGACUAUUGACAUUGUUGUUACAGUACACUGUUAGCUCAAAGGAAAUGUCUUGCUGGAAACUCGAAUGACUGCACAUGGAACUGGAGACUAAUUCAACUGAUGUUGAUUGUUGUUAGAAGUGACAGUACAGUCAGUACUUAGCUAUUGUACCUGCUCCGAGAAUGGCGGACGUUGAUUCUGCUUCUGCAGUAUCCCAACUCAGUACAAACUGGCUGAGUGGAUGUGGUUCCAAGAAAUCCAAGUCCACUCCAAACGCAAGCUCGUUUUCUAUUUUGAUACAGGAGCGCCCAGAGAGUCUCGGCGUGGGUGCAAAGGUGUCUGCCAAGGAGAGGGAAAAGGCGAAACACCAGGCGCGGGUGCGUGAUGCUAUCUGCAAGGGACUAAAAGCGAAUCAUCGUCAAAAGGACACAGGGCACCGGAGACCUGCAGAUCAGGCACUAGCAGCCAAGCGGCAGAUAGCUGAAGCCGAAUCGAGCAGCAGUGAUGAGGAGGAGAGUCGUACCGCCAUCGCUCCGAGGAAGAAAAAGAAGUGCUAGGGAAAUACCGGCUUUUUCUUGUGCACAUACAUUUGUGGUGUGUGCAUUUCAUGGUGUUUUUUCGACUGCACAAAAUCACAAAAUUGUGACUGUACAAAACUGUACAAAAUUGUGGAUUUUUGUAGGGUUUUUUAAUGUUUGCUGAUCCUUGUAUUCUAGUUACCAGUAUGUUGUAGUCCGUGUACAAAUGGCCGUCUUGUGUAAAUAGCUUUGAUUGUAUAUAUUAUUGAGGCAAGCUAUGGUUGACUUCCAGAUUGAUUGAGACCAAAGAUGAAGUUUUCAUGAGAAUUAUGUGACAGUGUGUUCACUUUUAUUCUCUGACUGAACCGAAUCUACUUUCAUGCGGGCAUUCUUGCUUUCUUUAUUUUCCCACUGUUCGCUCCUGCGGUGAUUAAAACGUUAUUGCUCGAUUCCUUUAUCAAUAAGACUGGAGUCUCUA